AUGGGACUGCUUUCAGAAGGAAAGCCGCUGUCUUGGGAAGAAACAAAGAAAUACGCUCAGCAUGUCCGUGAACACGGAAUUCUCCAAUUCAUAAACCAAUAUCACCGUUUGAAGAAUCGAGCCGGCGAUAUUCUUCUGUGGGGCGAUGAAGUCAAAUAUUGCAUUCUGAAGGAAGACCCGGAGAACAAAGCCGUUCGCGUGAGUCUCCGAGGAAAAGAACUUCUCGAUGAGCUGAACCAGAAAGAGUUGGCUGCCACGCCAGGGGAACAGUUGAAUGCCUUGUGGCGUCUGGAAUAUGGAGCAUACAUGAUCGAAGGUACUCCUGGGGUUCCCUACGGUGGUCUAAUGGCUCAUUUUAACAUUGUUGAGGCUAACAUGAAAGCACGACGAAACGAAGUUAAUGCGAUACUACAUCCGGAUGAAUUCUUGCUCUCUACCAACACCGGUGUAGCAGGCAGGGCGUACUCCCCAGGUACAGCGUACUCCCCCCGCAGGAAGAUUAGUCCACAUCCGCGGAGUGCGAUUCAGCAGAGCCUCUUCUGCAGUGAUCACUUAGGCAGUGGUAUCUUCCACAGCAUUCAGAGGAAAGUUGAUUCCACACAGCAUUUAUCUCCUGGGGUUCCCUACGGUGGUCUAAUGGCUCAUUUUAACAUUGUUGAGGCUAACAUGAAAGCACGACGAAACGAAGUUAAUGCGAUACUACAUCCGGAUGAAUUCUUGCUCUCUGUGACUGCCUUUCCUCGACUUGGAUGUCCGAAUUUUACUUAUCCUGCUCUCAGACCAACACCGGCUUCUGGUGCCUCACGAUCCCUUUUCUUUCCGGAUGGUGCUAUUUUUCCGGGUCAUCCGCGAUUCAAAACCUUGACGAGAAAUAUCCGAUCGAGGCGCGGGGAAAAAGUAGCCAUCAAUAUGCCGAGUGAGUACCCGAAUUUAUCCCAGGCUGCUGGUUGGAUUCCUGGGAUAGUUUUUAGGGAUGUGAACACUCCGGACCCGUUUGUGGAAGAUUUUUCCGCGUUGGGAGAUGAUGGCGAAGCAGCCAGGGCUAAUGAGCCGAACCAUGUAUACAUGGAUGCCAUGGGAUUUGGCAUGGGAUGCUGUUGCUUGCAGGUUACAUUCCAGGCCUGCAACAUUGACGAAGGAAGACGGUUGUACGAUCAACUCGCUGUCUUGUGUCCGAUCAUGUUAGCCCUGAGCGCCGCAUCUCCGGUUUAUCGAGGUUAUCUGGUUGACCGAGACUGUCGUUGGAACGUGGUUUCCGCGUCUGUGGACUGCAGAACGAAAGAAGAGCGAGGAUUGCUGCCGUUGACCAACGACAGGUUCAGAAUUCAAAAAUCGCGGUAUGAUUCAAUCGACUCGUACAUAUCGAAAGAAGGGGAGCCUUACAAUGACAUCGAGCUGGUUUACGACCCAGACAUUUAUGCUCAACUACGUGCCGCGGAUGUGGAUCACCUGUUGGCUCAGCAUAUCGCGCAUUUGUUCAUCAGGGACCCGAUUUCCCUGUUUCAGGAGAAAUUGCAUCAAAAUGACGAAGAAGAAGUUGAUCACUUCGAGAAUAUCCAGUCGACGAAUUGGCAAACGAUGCGGUUCAAGAUCCCUCCGCCAAAGAGCUCGAUCGGCUGGCGAGUGGAAUUCCGUCCCUGCGAAGUCCAAUUGACGGAUUUCGAAAACGCGGCCUACGUCGUGUUCGUUGUGCUCCUGACCCGCGUGAUCCUGUCCUACGAGCUCAACUUCCUCAUGCCCUUGUCCAAGGUGGACGAGAACAUGAAGAGGGCACAGAGACGCGAUGCUGUGCUUUCGGAGAAGUUUUGGUUCCGACGACGAGACUUGCACAAUGCCGCCAAGAACCAGAAUUGCGACGAGAACGGGGCUCUGACGCCGAGUGAAAUGUGCUCUCAGGCCCCGUGUGCUGGGCCGGAUUGCGCCGAAAUGACGCUUAAUGAAAUCAUUAAUGGAAAGGAUGGAGAGUUUCCCGGGUUGAUUCCGUUGAUGCAGGCUUACUUGACCACCGUCGAAGUGGACACUGACACGCAUUGCACAGUGACCCAGUAUUUGCGGUUGAUUCGUGACCGGGCAUCUGGAGAGCUGAAAACUACCGCCAAGUGGAUUCGAGACUUCGUUGCCUCUCAUGCUUCUUAUAAGUGGAAUGCGACAUGGAAUGAGAAGGACUCGGUGGUGUCGGAGGACAUCAACUACGACCUGAUGGUGACGUGUCGCGAGGUGUCGGAGGGUCGGCUCCACGUGCCCGAACUGCUCGGCCCCCAAGGUGCGGUGAGGUCGAAGACGAAUGACGACAUUCCGCGCGCCAUCAAGAUGGCGUCGCAGAUUUACGACAAUGGCCGGCGCGUGGUGCCGCCGAGUGGCGCGGCGUCCGUGUCCGACGCCGUGGGCGCCAAUUGACGAAAAACUCCACCCCCUCCCCACGCUCUGCCUGCUGCAGGUCUUCCCUCUCUCCUUCUCUUCUCUUGCGCCACAACCAUCCAUCCAUCCAUUCAUUCAUUUCUUCUCUUGUCUCUCUUUUUUUUCUUUUUUGCUUCCUUCUUCAACUCUGUGUCCCUUGUUGAGAAAAAAAAGAAAGAAAGGAAGGAUACAGUGAGGUCCCGAGAUGCGGACGUGAUCGGUGCUUUGACCUUGUCCCUGAUGUGUCAUCGCGUCCGCAUGUCGGAUCAAAUCUCCCGAUAGCCUUCAAUGCAGACAUAUUUGAUUCCUUUUUUUUAAUUCACGCCAAAAUCACUCAGAUUUGAAAAUGUAAUUGAUUUAGAAAUAUUUUGAAAAAUUCACGCAUUAUUCAUUCAAUUUUUAAAACUUGAUGCAACUGUUUAUCAAAUCUGUUCUCCUGUCCUGUUUACCAACCAUUUGGAAAAAGUUGAAUAAAAAUUGGUUUCUUCUCAACUUGAAGACACAGAAAAUCAUUGUGCAGGAGAAAACACCACAGAGUUCUGAUUUUUUGGCAUCGAAAGGAAUCCGAAGAGCAAAUGAAAAGUAAGCACUGAUGAUGGGAAAAUCGCUGAGAAGAAGCGCAAAAAUAGCGUGUUUUUCAUUAUGAAUGAGACGUUUUUUUUUCUUUUUUUUGCGAAUUUAAAUGGCUCGAUUUGUUGAAGAGCUAUCGAAAUUUUUCACUGAUCAAUAAAUUUUAUUAAGUGUCCGUAUCUUGAGACACUGGAUUUUGGUGUGUUUCAAAUGUCCGUAAGUCGAAUCGUUUGCAUGUCGGGGUCUCACUGUAUGAGGAGGAAUUGAGGAGCAAAAUUGACUACAGACUUUGUAGGCGCCACUCUGGAAAAAAACUCGGUUUGGGCAUCGAGCAGAAGUUUUUUUUUUCUGAGAGGCACUUUCACAUUUCAUUUUUGAAAAAUGUUUCUAGAACAUCUGCUCUCUGGUGUAUCUCUCUCUCUCUCUCUCUCUCUCUCCAUCUUU